AAACGCAACAAAAACCCGCGUCUCCAUAUAUCUAGAUUUCUCCUCCAAUCGGCAAUCAAUCACUGCUACACCUGUGACUCACUUUCUCUCUCUAAUCCGACCAACCUUUCCUUCUCUCUCUCUUCUCCUGAGGCUCUUCUUCUUAUCUUGCUUUAUUUUUUGAGCUCGAAUCCUGUGGGCUUUACCUCACAUGGAGUGGCUUUAGAUCACUACUACUCAAUGCUGGAUCUGCUGAGGCCUCUUCAUGUUCCAACUGGUUUUCCCACUGGAGUUGUGGAAAUGUUGACACCUAAACUCCCAUGAGCCAGGCUGAAGUAUCAAGUAUGAAAUCCCCUCCUGUUCCACUUGGGACCUUGAUUGGUCGUGAGCUUAGGAACGAGAAGGUUGAGAAACCUUUUGUGAAGUAUGGACAAGCUGCUUUGGCAAAGAAGGGAGAAGACUACUUUCUGAUAAAAUCCGACUGCCAGAGGAUUCCUGGGGAUUUGUCUACAUCAUUUUCUGUCUUUGCGAUUUUUGAUGGCCAUAAUGGUAUAUCAGCAGCAAUCUUUGCAAAAGAGAACUUAUUGGAUAAUGUUUUGAGUGCCAUUCCCCAGGAAAUCAGUCAGGAAGAGUGGCUUCAAGCCCUUCCUCGAGCACUGGUUGCCGGUUUUGUGAAAACUGACAUAGAAUUUCAGCAGAAAAGGGAAACUUCUGGGACAACUGUGACAUUUGUUGUGAUAGAUGGGUGGACCAUUACUGUUGCUUCUGUGGGAGAUUCACGAUGCAUCUUGGACACCCAGGGUGGUGUAGUUUCACUUUUGACAGUUGAUCACAGGUUAGAAGAAAAUGCAGAAGAGAGGGAGCGUGUCACUGCAAGCGGGGGUGAAGUAGGGAGGCUCAAUGUAUACGGGGGCAAUCAGGUUGGUCCCUUGCGCUGCUGGCCAGGUGGAUUAUGUCUUUCUAGGUCAAUCGGAGAUACUGAUGUUGGAGAGUUUAUUGUUCCAAUACCACAUGUCAAGCAAGUUAAGCUUUCGAACGCGGGGGGGAGGCUCAUUAUUGCUUCUGAUGGUAUCUGGGAUGCACUAUCUUCUGAUAUGGCUGCAAAGUCUUGUCGUGGUUUACCUGCAGAGCUUGCUGCCAAGUUGGUGGUUAAGGAGGCUUUAAGGUCAAGAGGGCUGAAGGAUGAUACAACAUGCCUUGUUGUUGAUAUUGUCCCAUUUGACGUUCCUGUCUUACCUACCAUACAAACGAAGAAGCAAAACAUGCUUAGUUCACUUCUGUUUGGAAAGAAAUCUAUUAAUUCUGGAUGGAAAGCAACAAAUAAGCUUUCUGCUGUUGGAGUGGUAGAGGAGUUGUUUGAGGAGGGUUCUGCUGUACUUGCAGAAAGGUUGGGUAAAGAUUUUCCUUCAAAUGCAAACUCUGGGCUGUACAGAUGUGCUGUAUGCCAAGUAGAUCAAAGCCCGACUGAUGGUUUAUCAGUAAACUCAGGGUCUUUUUUCUCACCUGGAUCAAAGCCAUGGGAAGGCCCCUUCCUCUGCCCUAACUGUCGAAAAAAGAAAGACGCCAUGGAAGGGAAAAGACCGAGCAGACCCGCAGUGACUGCAUAACAAAUCAUCUGGUGAGAGAGUAAAUGUUACAUUUUUUUGGCUGGAAGUGUGAGCGUGCAUGCUUGGCUUUUUUUGCUUUCUGGUACUUAUUGUAAUAGAUAUAUAAGAAAUGAGGUAGAGAGAUAGUGCCUAGGUGUCAAUUGGUUCUGUCAGCUCGGGUUUUUUCCAGCUUUUGUUAAAACUGACAGAGGACAGACAUGCCGCCCGAUAGAUAUGUUUGUGACAUUAUGAUUGCUAACAGCUUGAAGUUGUAAGUAAAAAUUAAAGGUUGCAUAGUGAUGUGCUACAUCGCGGCAGCUUCUUCAUUGUGUUUGAAUCAAAGUGGAAAAGUUGCAUCCUUGUGCAUUUCACUUGUUGUUUAAAGACAAUGUAUUGGUAACAAACAACAAUAUAUAAGAAUUUGGUGUUCUCCA